AUGAUUGCUGUGCAUACCACACCCAAGAAAAAUGUAGGUAAACGUCUUCUAGUGUUCGCUAUUGCACGAAUGGGCAGGUCCGUCCGGGCAGAAAAGAACCCACUGACAGCCCAGGGUGCAGAGUACAAGGAAGCAGAGCGGCUGGCAACUCUCAGCAUUCCCGACUGCGACCCCGAACUGAGAGCAAGAACAAUGGUCCCCAGGGUCAGGUGUUGGGUCAAG